AGUCAUUUUACUCUCGAGUUUCGAACAAGACGAACGUAGUAAUUUUUUUGCGGUGUUACUAGAAAAACAAUAAAUUUAUUAUUGAGAGAAGAAAGAAAAAGAUAAUCGUAAAGUUUAAGAAAGAAUAAAAAAAAUAAUUGAAGGAAAUCGAUAAAAAGAAGAAGAAAAAUAAAAUGAAAGUUAAAGUUAUCGCUUUGCUAACAUUGUUAGCACUUUGUGUCAACGAAUCUUCAUCAUCAGCUAUACCAAUGUGGGAAUAUCUCUCAAGAGAUGAAAAAAUGAGUCAUUUAUAUUCAAUGUUUGCGAAGCAAGUUCAAGCAUACUGUAAAGAAAAACUUCAUGAAAACUCUUCCCAAUGUAAGCAUAACAUGAUGAUGUACGGAAUUAUAAAACUGAAUGACAUGGAAGACUCUCAUCUUGACCAAAUGGACCCAUAUCAACGAAAUGCCAAUAACAUUCUUUGGAAUUCAAUGAUGAAUGGCCCAGACUAUGAGAAAGACGAUCGUCAACAGUAUUUGCAACAGGAACAAUAUAAACAACAAAAUCCAUCAUUUAUUGAUGAGAUGACGACUGGCAACGAGGAAGCAACUCAAUAUGGAAGCACGAAUCGUUAUGAUCAUGAUGAUGAAUACAGCAAUCAUUUACAUGAUGGCGCUGCCACAAAUAACAACUACGCAUACGUCAACAAACCACAUGAUUUGGACAAUCAAGAACAUUUGGAACAAAAUACAAAUUACUUGAUGGGUUCGAUGGUAGCUUAUAUGAUGCCUGACGGAACGCCAGUAAGAGAUCAAUCGUUGAAUGUUUAUCCAGUCGAUGACGAUCGUGAUGACAUGACAAUGGGAAAUAAGAAAAUGCCAACAAUGGAACAACUUUAUGACACAAUUAAAACCAUGGAUGAAGAACCAAAAAUUAUAAUGGAAUUACCACCAACAUCGACAACAUCAACACCAACCACAACAACAUCAAGCCAAAUUGAUGCCGCCGCAUCAUCGAGAACAAUAAGAACACUUUAUGGUGUUUACAAAAUCAAUUAAACAAACAAACAACGUUUGAGAUAAAAUAAUCUUAAUCUUGAAUGCAAGAGCGCUUGAGUUCUUUUUUGAUCUUAUUUAUUUAUUUUCAUUUUAGAUUAAUUGAAGAUGAUUUUUUUAUGUUACUUAUACUUAAAGAGACGCGUAAGUUUAUUAUUUUUUAGGAAAAAAAGAAAUAAAUAUUUUUCAACAGUUUUCCACAAAUGCGAGUGGCUUAAAAGUGUUGAAGAAUAUUGUCUGAAGUAUUCCAUAUUGUAAUGGAAAUUUUUAUCAUUAAAUUGACUCAUUAUCUGUAUGUAGAUAUCCUAAAUUUGUUGUAGGAUCGUCAUUUGUGAUUAUUGAAUUAAACAAGUGCCUUGAUUGUUUGGAGGCCUUUUCAACUUGAAUUGUGAAACGGGAAGUGUUGCUUUGUCUUGCGUAGCAAUAUUGAAUAUAUCUUAUGUUGAUUAAUUGCACAAACUAUCAAUUUUUAAAUACUCUAUGAACGGUGGAAGUUAAACAAUGAAAUAAUCUGAAAAAGUAAAUAAAAUUGCACUCAUCACUGUCAAGCCACAAUUUAUCAACACUUCCCAAUCAUUGAAAUUGUUUCAAUUAAAAUACUUCACGAAGAUAAUAAAUAUAAUAAAAUAUUGAUGUUGAAUUAAAGA